GGCAGCACUGGUUUGUUGUUGCCGCGCUCGUGUAUCUCUGGCAGUGAGAAGCUGGGGACUUAAUUUAAUCAUUUUGAAGAUAUCUUGUUUACCGUGAGCUAUUUACGGGAACAUUUUCUAUCAGGAACAAUUGCUUCUGUUGACUGAUUACGGACAGUCAAAUCUUUCUACUUCAACUUGCCUCAACCGCGUCUCUGGCUAAACAGGCGACUUUAUUCCAUUCGGGAAGCUCCCAUAGGAGUACACUCCUAACCGGUUGCAUUGCCACAGCACCUGUUGGCUGCAAAUACUCAGUGUAAUGGACUCACUCAGUCACCCACCCAAGAGGGGGUCCUCUCCGCCGCCUGACCCGGACGCUCCGGCGCUGUCCGACUCGCCUCCGGCUCCGGAGAAGCGGCCGAGGCUGACGGAGGCGGAGCAGCCGGUUGCGGAGGAGCCACGCCACGAGCGGCCGGCGCGCCCUGCUGAGGAGCUGCAGGAGGAGCUGGUGGACGUGCUGGUGGAGAUGGGGAACGAAGAGCCGGAGGAAGAGCAGGAGAUGGACGAAAACUUCGAGUUCAGCAUGAUGGUGUUGAACGCCCUGCGGCGGAUGCCGCGGGAGCGGGCCGAGCGGGUCAAACUGGAGAUUCUGCGCCUGCUGGCGAGCGUGCGCCGCGACCAGGAGCGGUGCGAGGGCGCCUGAGUCGCCGAGGAUGCGCCGCCGCCACCACCGAGUCCGUCCAGUGGCCCGCGGGUCUCAGCGGAACACAGCUGCCGUGUCAGACAAGGUUACACUGGCUGCGGUCAGCUGUUCGCUGCUUUCCUGACUCGGAAUGACCGCGUUACUUCCAGGUCAGUUCCUUAUGUUCUUCUGUACUUUGAAUCCGAAUGAGUUACAUGUUAACGACCAUCGUGUUUCAUUAGCUGGAAUUGCUAGUAUUCCAAACAACGUUCGACUGCUUAUGUGAUGAACAUAAGCAUACUUUGUACAAAAUGGAUUGUCAUCUGGAUCUUCAUCAAACCGCUUUGUUCGUUCGAGGCGGUUUCUGACCACGAAACAGCGCUGAUAUGCAUCAACCUUCCCUGUUUGAUGCUCUUAUGUACAUUUGUGCUAUGUGUGUCAUAUCUCAGGGCUGUGACAUUGCUGUAGUGCCAGCGGUAGUUAGAAGCUAGAGGUAUUCAGCCGGGUUUUCGCUUUGCAAACAAGUGGAAUACAUUACUUUGAGUUCCAAUA